UCUCUCGUGCCAACUGUCGACACUUAGCCACCACUAAGCUUAGCUUAGCAAUCUCACCUCACGCAUUCGAAAAGAAAAGGGGAAAAGAAAAAUGAAAAAUAGCACAAGGCCAAAAAUAUCACCUGAUCUGAAACUUGGACACGAAAGAAAGGCUCGUAUGCGCGACUUCUCUCUCUUGCAUUGAUUCAACGUUGUCCAUUCUCCGAAACAUCACAAAGAAACCCAACUGAGAGAGUGAAGAAUAAGAAGAAUAAAAAGAAGAAGAAGGGACGACAACAAUGGGGGGUUUCGCAAUGGGUUCUGCCUUCGAUUCCAAAUCUGGGCAGAUUAUUAUGGCUGCUUUGCUUUUGAUGAUUAUGUCCUUCUAUGCUGGCAACCUUUUUGGCAACAAUGUUCCCCUUUACGUCUCUCAGCUUGUUUCUCAUUCUUCUCCCAACAAUGUCUCCUCCAACGGUGCUACCAAAUUUACUAACAAAGUUGCUCUGACUUACUGGAAAACCCCGCUUGUAAUUCCAGAAACUGGGGUGGAUGUGUGCCCUUUGACAUUCAAUGAGUAUAUUCCUUGCCAUGAUGCUUCCUAUGUGGCAACAUUGGCCCCGACUCUUGAUUUUUCUAGAAAAGAAGAACUGGAGAGACACUGUCCUCCUCUUGAAAAGCGCUUAUUUUGCUUGGUUCCUCCACCGAAGGAUUAUAAAAUACCUAUCAAAUGGCCUCUUAGCAGGGAUUAUGUUUGGCGAAGUAAUGUUAAUCAUACGCAUCUUGCAGAAGUCAAAGGAGGCCAAAAUUGGGUACAUGAGAAGGAUCAGCUCUGGUGGUUUCCUGGUGGUGGUACCCAUUUCAAACAUGGGGCUUCUGAGUACAUAGAGAGGUUAGGACAUAUGAUUACCAAUGAGGCUGCUGGUGAUCUGCGAUCUGCUGGGGUAGUUCAAGUUCUGGAUGUUGGCUGUGGUGUGGCCAGUUUUUCAGCAUAUCUUCUUCCCUUGGGUAUACGAACAAUGUCCUUUGCCCCCAAGGAUGUUCAUGAAAAUCAGAUUCAAUUUGCAUUAGAACGAGGGAUUAGUGCAAUGAUCUCUGCCUUGUCCACAAAACAACUACCGUAUCCUAGUGAGUCAUUUGAAAUGAUUCACUGUUCACGAUGCCGAAUAGACUUUCAUGAAAACGAUGGGAUUUUACUGAAGGAGUUGAAUCGCCUUCUUCGCUUUAAUGGGUACUUUGUUUAUUCAGCCCCCCCUGCUUAUAGAAAAGAUAAAGAUUAUCCUGUCAUUUGGGAUAAGUUGAUGAAUUUGACUACAGCAAUGUGCUGGAGACUUAUUGCUCGACAAGUUCAGACGGCAAUAUGGAUUAAAGAAAAUAACCAGUCAUGCCUUUUGCACAAUGUAGAACAAAAACACAUAAACCUCUGUGAUGCUGCUGAUGAUUUUAAACCUUCAUGGAAUAUCCAACUAAAGAAUUGUGUUCUAGUUAGAAAUUCUAAAACAGAUUCUUACAAGCUUCCUCCUAGUCACGAACGCCAUUCAGUGUUUUCUGAGAACCUUAACACGAUAGGUAUAAAUCGGAAUGAAUUUACUUCAGAUACUGUCUUCUGGCAAGAACAAAUUGGUCAUUACUGGAGACUGAUGAAUAUUGGGGAGACAGAAAUACGCAAUGUGAUGGAUAUGAAUGCCUAUUGUGGUGGAUUUGCUGUUGCGCUCAAUAAGUUUCCUGUUUGGAUAUUGAAUGUAGUUCCUGCAAGCAUGAAGAACACCUUAUCUGGAAUUUAUGCCCGGGGAUUGAUUGGAAUUUAUCAUGAUUGGUGUGAACCAUUUUCAAGUUACCCUCGGACAUAUGAUCUUUUGCAUGCCAACUACCUCUUUUCCCACUACAAAACAAAAGGGGAAGGUUGUUUAUUGGAGGACAUCAUGCUGGAGAUGGAUCGACUUAUACGGCCAUUGGGAUUUAUUAUCAUUAGGGACGAGAAUGAUAUCACCUCAAGAAUCCUAGAGGUAGCCCCAAAAUUCCUAUGGGAUGUGGAAUCACAAAUGUUAGAGAACAAAGAGAAGAAAAUGGAGACUGUUUUAAUUUGUAGAAAAAAGUUUUGGGCUAUCGUCUAAAGUGACUUGACCUAAAAGUUUUCUCCUAGAAAUUGUUUUUAAGCGUACGGGUAAUUUGUAAUGUUAGGUUUUUAUGUAUCCGAUUUGUUCACUGCUCCAACGCUCCACGAUCAUUUUGUGUAGAUGUCCAGUGAGCUCAUUUUGUAUAUGACUUCACUCAGUUCAGCAAUUAUGAUUUAUGAAUAGAAAGUAGGUUCUUCGUUGUCUAUUCUUAUGUGUGCUUGAAUAUUAGAAAUAAAUAUAACAUACAUCUUAGGUUGA